UGCCAAUAUUCGGCCUUGCAAUCGACAAGGUGGGAAAGAACAUGUCCUGAAUGUUGUCGGGCAUCAUUCUCUCGCUAGGAAGUCAUGUGCUCUUGGCGUUCACUUACACAGAACCGUAUAUUUGUGUGAUAAUGUUAGGCAUUGGGUAUUCACUAUAUACAACAGCUGCGUGGCCGCUGGUUUCCCGUGUGGUACCCCAACAUAAUUUAGGGACGGCAUAUUGGCUGGUGAAUACCGUGUUGUCACUGGGACAGGCGGCUGAUAACUACUUGGUUGGUUACAUAGUUGACACCAUGGGAUACCUAAUACUGGAGGUUUUCUUCAUAACGUGUUCCGCCUGUGCAUUAAUAACUGCUGCGGUACUAUACAAUGUGGAUUCGUCGCGUGGAGGAGGAUUGAAUCUCAGCAGAAAGGAACGUUUGAAUAAUCUUCGUUGA